UUGAACAAAAAAAAAUAGUUAAAACUCAUUGGAAUGAUAAAGCUGUGUCUAUUUACAAAUAUAAUUGACACUUGCGACUCAAAUGCCAAUGUUGGGUUUCAAAAUAAGCAGAAUUAUAGCAUUUGAUCAUUGGUAGAACCUUGUGUACUUGCAUUUGCCUGGAUAUGUUUGGUUCAGUAAAUGGACAUAUAUAAUGCAACACGAGUGGGCUCGUUUUGCAACUUUUGAAAAUUAUCCCAGCGAACAUCCAUGCGCAAUAAGCUUUUCUAAAAACGGAUUCUACUACAUUGGAAUAUCAACAACAGUUCGCUGCUUCGCCUGUGAUUUUGAAAUCAAUGACUUGCCAGAUGGUUCAUUAAUCAAAGAUAUCCACAUACAUGGGUCGCCGCAGUGUCCAUUUGCUACCGACGAGUCGUCACAAGUUCUCAACGUACCUAUCCACAGUUUGGGUGACAGAAGACCUGAGCCUCAGACGACCGCAAAUGUUCCAGAAAAUUCCGGUGGUGACAGAAGACAACCCAGCAGAGAAAACACAGGAGCGAAAAAGACGGAGCUUGGUUCGAACAGUGCAGAGAACAGCAUGGAAAUGGACGCAGUGCAAACAGACGGUUCCGGUGCAAGAGGUUCAGCUGUGUCGACUUCCGGGCAACAAAAUGAAAGUAGCGCUAGAGAACUGUCAAGCCGCACCGGGUUUCAUGCGGCGGAUCGUUUGGAAACAAACAUCAAUAAAGUCAAAAAAGCUUUGCAAAACGAAAACGAGGACCUGCGACGUCAGGUGUCCUGUAAAGUUUGUCUGGAUUUGGACGCAUGCGUCGUCUUCUUACCUUGUGGCCACAUGGUCACGUGUGAGGAGUGCGCUCCCGCAAUGAGGAAAUGUCCGAUAUGCCGGUCCGACAUUAGGGGUACGGUCAAGGCGUUUUUGCCUUGAAGAGUUGGACCGCUUGGGGACAUCUUGGGCUUUUAAGUAGUUUACAUGAGUAAACCAAUCAUCCAGUUACCAUAGUCGGACGAAUAUUAAUAGAGUUAUUCAUAACGGACAUAUUUUUUUGUCCACUUACCGUAUGUGGACAUAUUUUAAUCGAGGUAUCAAUGAUGCACAAAUUGUUUUCGAGUUACCCUAGACGGACAUACAGGCGGGAUAAGUAUGUCGAGUAGUCCUAAUAGGUGGACACAUUUUUGUCUGUAUACGCACGAAGUAUUAUUGAAGCGUAAAAACGGCAUCAUAUAAAAAUGAAAAGAUAAUUAAUGUUAUCUGUUUACCAUUGGAAAUUCAGUACUAGUUAUUUAUUUUGGUAGUUGGCAGUCACUUUAUUUAGUAACUGGACAAUGUAAUAAAGCUGUAUAUACUUAUAUAUAUAAUUGCAUACAGUAGAUGUUGUAGAUAGUUCAUGGUUACUGUAAACCGCCUGAAAUACAGAACUUGUAUUAUAUUUUGGUAGAUGGUAGUCACUUUGUUGUUUUUUGUAACCUAGACAAUGCACUUAAACCGUAAAUAUUACUAUAACAUGUUGUUGUUUGUGGGGUUUUUUAAAUUUUGCAUUCCUUUAUGUUAGAAAUUAAUACAGUUGUGUGUUUCUCCCAUAAAAUUAAUAUUAUAUCCCAGAAUAGUUCCAUUGUGUGGGUACGGUAAGGGACUAUCAUUGUGUGUGUGUGUGCUUUUACUUACAUGUGUGUUUAUCAGAAGUAUUAACGUGUAAAAAAAUAAAAUAAAAAAUAUAAAACCACUC